AAUUGAAGAAAAUCAAUGUACUUUAGAAAUUUAUUUAGAAUCCGAUUGUAUUAAAAGAAUUAUAGAAGAAACCCCAGACGAAAUUUGGAAAAGAGUAAAAAUUUACCAAAAACAUACUGGGUCAUACCUCUUUGGAAUUACAAGUUUAUUAGUUCAAGAAUGUCUAA